ACCCACACCCACAUCCACACUCACACCCACACCCAUACCCACACCCAUUAUUAGGCAAAAUUUGUUUUUAACGAGGCGCGAAACUACAAUACGAUUUUUAUAUUAAUAAAUGUAAUCAUCGUAACAAACAUUUUGAGUGCAUUGACAUCGUAAAACGAUAUUGAAAAAUAUUUUUAUAAACAAGCAAGUCAAUUGAUUCUUUUUCAUAAAUGGAACGACUUCACCGCAUUGAUACCACUUCACUGAAGCGGAUUCCGAAUCAGUCUUUUGAGUAGCUAAUUCGUCCCAAGACAAUGUGACAAAUAAUUAGUGCAAAAAAAUGUAUGUUGACUUAAUAUGUCUCGAUAAAUGAUGAAAAUCUGAGGUGUACAUAUAGGUAAAUUCUUAUGAAGAAUUGCAUAUAUUUCCGUUCGAAAAAAACGGAGAAACUGCAUGUCUUGGGUGUGGGGUGUAGGAUGUGGGUGUGGGUGAGUCGAAGGUCCACACCUCACACCCCACGCCCACACCCAAGCUUGGCGACGGCAAAGAAGAUAAAGACUUUUUGGGCUGUUUGUGACAAAUUUUAUUCUCUUGAUUGUUUCAAUGAGAAGCAUUAUCCCACUAAAUAAAAGAUUCAAAAAGCGAAGAUAGAAAAUGUCACAUUUGGUAUAUCUUCUUGCCUGAGAAAAAGGGAAAACUAAGUGUCUUCCUAAGAAGAUACUUCUUGAAUAUAGUGAGACCGACCGGUGGAUCUCAUUGCCUGGAAUGUGUUAAUCAUUUAACACAUGAUUGAAAUUGAAUGUUUCAAAUAUAAAAGUAAGGAUAUUAAUUUACUGACUUAUAUUUUGCAAAAUAAUCAAAAUCACUUAAUGAAAGUGAUGUCAACAUGACUAAACUAAUGCAAUGGUUUUGAUGUUUCCAUAUUAACGAAAAGCAUGAACUUUUUCGUAUGAAAAUUCCGAACUUUUGGGUGCAUAUGGGUGUGAAGAGAAUCGAAAAUCACACACACUUAAGCAAUUUCAUCUGUCAAGUGAUUUAGCACUUCACAAGUUUUUACCUAUUGGACUUUAUUGAACUGAACUCCAAAGAACAAAGAACAACAAAACAUAAUUGCUCUCUUGUCCAAUUACGCCAUCUAACUGUUUCUCAAGUUUAGUGGUUGAUCAUAUUUACUAAUUGAAUUUCUUUUCUGUCAAUGUCGCCAUAUGCGGCAUAUAUUCUAGCAACAAAAAUCGAACUCUGAUGUCGAACAGAAAACGUCAGAAAAUAACAAGAACCAGUCAAGAGAGUAAAAUGUAAGUAACAGUAAUUAUUGUUUUCUUACCUACCUGUUCAUUUAAACUCAUUUUUUGGCAGUUUUACAUCUACAAAAUUUGAAGAUUUACCAAAUGAGUUGAUAUUAUUGUGUUUUAAUUAUUUUGAUUUCUAUCAACUAUAUGAAACAUUUUUUUGUUUAAAUCAACGUUUCAACAAAUUAAUUCUAUAUGAUACACAAAUUCAUGUUGAUUUUGGUUCAAUUCCAAAUGGAAAAUUUUUAACAUUUUGUUUUAAUUUAAAUCAGUUAACAAAUACAAGUAAAAAUUAUCCAUUAUCAAUUCGACUUGAUGAUGAAUAUCAAUUUAAUAUAUUUUUCGAAGAUGAUUUAUUUAAAGAUAAAUUUUCUAAACUCAAAUCAUUAAUAAUAAAUAAUAUAACACCUGCAAGAUUAAAUAACAUAAUAUUUGACAAAAAGAUAAAAUUAUAUGAAACAUUAGAACGAUUAAGUUUAAUGGAAGAUAUCAGUGGAGAAGACUAUGAAAUAGAAGAAUUAUGUAAUAAUUUAAUAUCACCAAAAAUGAAAUCAUUAAAAUAUUUGAAUUUGAAUUUUGAAAUACACGAGUGUGAAUGUGAACAUGGUAUCCACGAACCUAAAGAUUAUGUCGAUUUGAAUUUUGAAGAAUUGUCGAUAAUAAAAAACUCAUUAAAUAAUUUAGAAACAAUUAUUAUUGGUUAUAUUCCUAAAAAUGAUCGUGAUUUUUCAACAACAAGAACAUCGUUUUAUUCAUUGGCUGAAAAGUUAUUACCUUGUCUACCAAAAUUAAAGAAUUUAAUUAUAAAUUCAGUUUAUUUAGAUGACUAUGAUUAUCAAUACUAUAAACGUAAAACAUCGUCAGCUGAAGAAAAAAAAUUUAUUAUUCCAUCAAAUUUAAAAUUAAUAAAAAUUUGGACCAUUUUUUCAUCAUCGUUAAUUUGUUUAUCAUUUGAUUUAGUUGAUUUGAAUAUUGAAACUGAAGAUGAAUUUCCAUUUAAUAGUAUCAAAUUUCAACAAUUGUUAGAAUCAAUGAGAGAACUUAAAAAAUUUUAUCUCUAUGCUAAAUUAUAUACGAAUUCUUAUAAUGCUAAUCAUAUUCUAUCAAAGUUUAAAAAUCAAUAUUAUCUUGAUUAUAAUUUAUCAUUUCGAAUGCAUUUAAAUUAUUUUUAUACAUUACCAUUUCAUUUUGAUCAUCUUUAUGAAAUUUAUAAUAAUUUUAAUGAUGUUAAAUCUUGA